CAUCCUCACCCCAAUCUGAAGAGGAUGCAGAUCAUCUAGUUGAGUGGCUUGCGCUCCGGGAUCGAGAGGGAUAGAACGCGUCUUUCCACAGUGCCCAUCGUUCGCUGUGAUCGCCCGUGGGCCGGCAGAGCUCAUAUCAGUUUAUUAUUACGAUUAGCGGUGUGUCGUGUUCGGAGCGCAAGCCGAUGGACCCGAAGAUCACGACCCUUGCAACGAAAUCGAACGGCGACUUAUAAAAGCCAAUACGGGUUGCGAUUAAUUCAUUGUCCGUUGACGGUUUCGGUCGGUUCGGUGCUUCUUUUCGCUACAGACAGUGUGUAUGAGUGUGGUUUAGUGCUUUCAGCUGAUUCGAAAAUGUUUUCCGGAAAGUUGUUAUGCUUCGGCGUGCUGGCGUUCGUUGUCGCUGGCACAGCGAUGGCCGACGAGACGAACCAAAUCGAUGUCGACGCCAUUCGGGACCGUCUUCCGGCAAAUCUUCCGAUCCCGUCCAUGGAGGAGGUGGAAAAGAUGCUGCGGGACAAAUGCAAUGCUGCUGGAGCUCCGGCCGAUGCGUACGAUAACGCGAAGGAAGCUGCAAAAACCUUUGUGGAAUGUGGCCAGGGACUGAUCGAUAUUGCGCAGUUCCAGCAGGAGGUAGAAGCCGCCAAACCAACCGGCGACCUGGACACUGUCUUCAACAAAUACUGUCGCAAGCGAUCCACGCUGAUCGAGUGUGUGAACACGCUCGCCAACGCCGUCGAUCCGUGUCUGGAGGCGGAAGAAAAGGUUUUCAAGACGUCCGGGUUAGAUAUCUUCAAGAAUCUGUUGAACUUCGUGUGCCACAAGGACGGUGAUCAGAUUGCACUCUUCAUCGCGGAACAGGGACCGGAAUGCUUCCUGGAGCAAAAGAAUGACUUGAUUGCAUGCGUUAAUGAAACUUUCUCUGGCUACGUACCAGAGACUAGUCUGACCUCCAUCCCCAAGCUGGUCAUAGGACCGAAGCAAUGCGAGGACUUUAACAAGCUGCAAACCUGCAUGGUUCGCGAGCUGGAGCAGUGUGAUGAAUCGACACCGGCCAAUCUGGUGGAAUCGUUGUUCCGAUACGUUCGCAAGGGAUCUCCGUGUGCGAACAAUGCGGGCCGUUAAGAACCGUUGGCACUCGAAGGAAUCGACUCAUUCAUAAGAUCUUUGCGUAAGGUACGUUUCAAGAGUUUUCCCUGUUGUUAUAAAAAUAAAAGGUUGCAGCAGAAAGCAAAAGGCAAGA